AUGUUUAACGUGUCCAGAGCUGGUCAGUCGUGGUCAGUCGUGGUCAGUCGUGUCCAGAGCUGGUCAGUCGUGGUCAGUCGUGUCCAGAGCUGGUCUGUCGUGGUCAGUCGUGGUCAGUCGUGUCCAGAGCUGGUCAGUCGUGGUCAGUCGUGGUCAGUCGUGUCCAGAGCUGGUCAGUCGUGGUCAGUCGUGUCCAGAGCUGGUCAGUCGUGUCCAGAGCUGGUCUGUCGUGGUCAGUCGUGUCCAGAGCUGGCCAGUCUUGGUCAGUCGUGUCCAGAGCUGGUCUGUCGUGGUCAGAGCUGGUCAGUCGUGGUCAGUCGUGUCCGGAGCUGGUCAGUCGUGGUCAGUCGUGUCCAGAGCUGGUCUGUCGUGGUCAGAGCUGGUCAGUCGUGGUCAGUCGUGUCCAGAGCUGGUCAGUCGUGGUCAGUCGUGUCCAGAGCUGGUCUGUCGUGGUCAGAGCUGGUCAGUCGUGGUCAGUCGUGUCCAGAGCUGGUCAGUCGUGUCCAGAGCUGGUCUGUCGUGGUCAGAGCUGGUCAGUCGUGGUCAGUCGUGUCCAGAGCUGGUCAGUCGUGUCCAGAGCUGGUCAGUCGUGGUCAGUCGUGUCCAGAGCUGGUCAGUCGUGGUCAGUCGUGGUCAGAGCUGGUCAGUCGUGUCCAGAGCUGGUCAGUCGUGUCCAGUCGUGUCCAGAGCUGGUCAGUCGUGGUCAGAGCUGGUCAGUCGUGGUCAGAGCUGGUCAGUCGUGUCCAGAGCUGGUCAGUCGUGUCCAGAGCUGGUCAGUCGUGGUCAGUCGUGGUCAGUCGUGGUCAGUCGUGUCCAGAGCUGGUCAGUCGUGGUCAGUCGUGUCCAGAGCUGGUCAGUCGUGGUCAGUCGUGUCCAGAGCUGGUCAGUCGUGUCCAGUCGUGGUCAGUCGUGGUCAGUCGUGGUCAGAGCUGGUCAGUCGUGGUCAGUCGUGGUCAGUCGUGGUCAGUCGUGGUCAGUCGUGGUCAGUCGUGUGAGGAGGAGGACCAGUGUGGAGGAGGGAGGAGGAGGACCAGUGUGGAGGAGGACCAGCGUGGAGGAGGACCAGUGAGGAGGAGGACCAGUGUGGAGGAGGACCAGUGUGGAGGAGGACCAGUGAGGAGGAGGACCAGUGUGGAGGAGGACCAGUGUGGAGGAGGACCAGUGUGGAGGAGGACCAGUGAGGAGGAGGACCAGUGUGGAGGAGGGAGGAGGAGGACCAGUGUGGAGGAGGACCAGCGUGGAGGAGGACCAGUGAGGAGGAGGACCAGUGUGGAGGAGGACCAGUGUGGAGGAGGACCAGUGAGGAGGAGGACCAGUGUGGAGGAGGACCAGUGUGGAGGAGGACCAGUGUGGAGGAGGACCAGUGAGGAGGAGGAGGACCAGUGUGGAGGAGGGAGGAGGAGGACCAGUGUGGAGGAGGACCAGCGUGGAGGAGGACCAGUGUGGAGGAGGACCAGCGUGGAGGAGGACCAGUGUGGAGGAGGACCAGUGUGGAGGAGGACCAGUGAGGAGGAGGACCAGUGUGGAGGAGGACCAGUGAGGAGGAGGACCAGUGUGGAGGAGGACCAUGAGGAGGAGGACCAGUGUGGAGGAGGACCAGUGAGGAGGAGGACCAGUGUGGAGGAGGGAGGAGGAGGACCAGUGUGGAGGAGGACCAGCGUGGAGGAGGACCAGUGUGGAGGAGGACCAGCGUGGAGGAGGACCAGUGUGGAGGAGGACCAGUGUGGAGGAGGACCAGUGAGGAGGAGGACCAGUGUGGAGGAGGACCAUGUGGAGGAGGACCAGUGUGGAGGAGGACCAGUGAGGAGGAGGACCAGUGUGGAGGAGGACCAGUGUGGAGGAGGACCAGUGUGGAGGAGGACCAGUGUGGAGGAGGACCAGUGUGGAGGAGGGAGGAGGAGGAGGACCAGUGUGGAGGAGGACCAGUGUGGAGGAGGACCAGUGAGGAGGAGGACCAGUGUGGAGGAGGACCAGUGUGGAGGAGGACCAGUGUGGAGGAGGACCAGUGUGGAAGAGGACCAGUGUGGAGGAGGACCAGUGUGGAGGAGGACCAGUGAGGAGGAGGACCAGUGUGGAGGAGGACCAGUGUGGAGGAGGGAGGAGGAGGACCAGUGUGGAGGAGGACCAGUGUGGAGGAGGACCAGUGUGGAAGAGGACCAGUGUGGAGGAGGGAGGAGGAGGACCAGUGUGGAGGAGGACCAGUGUGGAGGAGGACCAGUGUGGAGGAGGACCAGUGUGGAAGAGGACCAGUGUGGAGGAGGACCAGUGUGGAGGACCAGUGGAGGAGGACCAGUGAGGAGGAGGACCAGUGAGGAGGAGGACCAUGUGGAGGAGGACCAGUGUGGAGGACCAGUGUGGAGGAGGACCAGUGUGGAGGAGGACCAGUGUGGAGGAGGACCAGUGUGGAGGAGGACCAGUGUGGAGGAGGACCAGUGUGGAAGAGGACCAGUGUGGAGGAGGGAGGAGGAGGACCAGUGUGGAGGAGGACCAGUGUGGAGGAGGACCAGUGUGGAGGAGGACCAGUGUGGAGGAGGACCAGUGUGGAGGAGGACCAGUGUGGAGGAGGGAGGAGGAGGACCAGUGUGGAGGAGGACCAGUGUGGAGGAGGACCAGUGUGGAGGAGGACCAGUGUGGAGGAGGACCAGUGUGGAGGAGGACCAGUGUGGAGGAGGAGGAGGAGGACCAGUGUGGAGGAGGACCAGUGUGGAAGAGGACCAGUGUGGAGGAGGACCAGUGAGGAGGAGGACCAGUGUGGAGGAGGACCAGUGUGGAGGAGGACCAGUGUGGAGGAGGACCAGUGUGGAAGAGGACCAGUGUGGAGGGAGGGAGGAGGAGGACCAGUGUGGAGGAGGACCAGUGUGGAGGAGGACCAGUGAGGAGGAGGACCAGUGUGGAGGAGGACCAGUGUGGAGGAGGGAGGAGGAGGACCAGUGUGGAGGAGGACCAGUGUGGAGGAGGACCAGUGUGGAAGAGGACCAGUGUGGAGGAGGACCAGUGAGGAGGAGGACCAGUGUGGAGGAGGACCAUGAGGAGGAGGACCAGUGUGGAGGAGGGAGGAGGAGGACCAGUGUGGAGGAGGACCAGCGUGGAGGAGGACCAGUGUGGAGGAGGACCAGCGUGGAGGAGGACCAGUGUGGAGGAGGACCAGUGUGGAGGAGGACCAGUGAGGAGGAGGACCAGUGUGGAGGAGGACCAGUGAGGAGGAGGACCAGUGUGGAGGAGGACCAUGAGGAGGAGGACCAGCGUGGAGGAGGACCAGUGUGGAGGAGGACCAGUGAGGAGGAGGACCAGUGUGGAGGAGGACCAGUGAGGAGGAGGACCAGUGUGGAGGAGGACCAGUGUGGAGGAGGACCAGUGUGGAGGAGGACCAGUGAGGAGGAGGACCAGUGUGGAGGAGGACCAGUGUGGAGGAGGACCAGUGUGGAGGAGGACCAGUGUGGAGGAGGACCAGUGUGGAGGAGGGAGGAGGAGGACCAGUGUGGAGGAGGACCAGUGUGGAGGAGGACCAGUGAGGAGGAGGACCAGUGUGGAGGAGGACCAGUGUGGAGGAGGACCAGUGUGGAAGAGGACCAGUGUGGAGGAGGACCAGUGUGGAGGAGGACCAGUGAGGAGGAGGACCAGUGUGGAGGAGGACCAGUGGGAGGAGGGAGGAGGAGGACCAGUGUGGAGGAGGACCAGUGUGGAGGAGGACCAGUGUGGAAGAGGACCAGUGUGGAGGAGGGAGGAGGAGGACCAGUGUGGAGGAGGACCAGUGUGGAGGAGGACCAGUGUGGAGGAGGACCAGUGUGGAGGAGGACCAGUGUGGAAGAGGACCAGUGUGGAAGAGGACCAGUGUGGAGGAGGACCAGUGUGGAGGAGGACCAUGUGGAGGAGGGAGGAGGAGGACCAGUGUGGAGGAGGACCAGUGUGGAGGAGGACCAGUGUGGAGGACCAGUGUGGAGGAGGACCAGUGUGGAGGAGGACCAGUGUGGAGGAGGACCAGUGUGGAGGAGGACCAGUGUGGAGGAGGACCAGUGUGGAAGAGGACCAGUGGGAGGAGGGAGGAGGAGGACCAGUGUGGAGGAGGACCAGUGUGGAGGAGGACCAGUGUGGAGGAGGACCAGUGUGGAGGAGGACCAGUGUGGAGGAGGGAGGAGGAGGACCAGUGUGGAGGAGGACCAGUGUGGAGGAGGACCAGUGUGGAGGAGGACCAGUGUGGAAGAGGACCAGUGUGGAGGAGGACCAGUGAGGAGGAGGACCAGUGUGGAGGAGGACCAGUGUGGAGGAGGACCAGUGUGGAGGAGGACCAGUGUGGAGGAGGACCAGUGUGGAGGAGGGAGGAGGAGGACCAGUGUGGAGGAGGACCAGUGUGGAGGAGGACCAGUGAGGAGGAGGACCAGUGUGGAGGAGGACCAGUGUGGAGGAGGGAGGAGGAGGACCAGUGUGGAGGAGGACCAGUGUGGAGGAGGACCAGUGUGGAAGAGGACCAGUGUGGAGGAGGGAGGAGGAGGACCAGUGUGGAGGAGGACCAGUGUGGAGGAGGGAGGAGGAGGACCAGUGUGGAGGAGGACCAGUGAGGAGGAGGACCAGUGUGGAGGAGGACCAGUGUGGAGGAGGACCAGUGUGGAGGAGGACCAGUGUGGAGGAGGACCAGUGUGGAGGACCAGUGUGGAGGAGGACCAGUGUGGAGGAGGACCAGUGAGGAGGAGGGAGGAGGAGGAGGACCAGUGUGGAGGAGGACCAGUGAGGAGGAGGACCAGUGAGGAGGAGGACCAUGAGGAGGAGGACCAGUGUGGAGGAGGACCAGUGUGGAGGAGGACCAGUGAGGAGGAGGACCAGUGUGGAGGAGGACCAGUGAGGAGGAGGACCAGUGUGGAGGAGGACCAGUGUGGAGGAGGACCAGCGUGGAGGAGGACCAGUGUGGAGGAGGACCAGCGUGGAGGAGGACCAGUGUGGAGGAGGACCAGCGUGGAGGAGGACCAGUGA